GGACCUACAGUAUAGCGGCCAGCAACACCAACACCAAGGCUCACGACGACCUACCUCGCGACCAACACAACACGGUCACGGCCGCCUGCCCGCCCACUCGCCCGUCCUCUCACUCGUUCGCUCACACCCACGACAACAAACAAGAUGCAGCUCCUCCGCCUCGCGGCCGUCGGCGCCGCCGCCCUCUUCGGCAACCUGGCCGCCGCGCACAACAUUCAGAUGAAGGCGCACUCGCGCGAGUGCUUCCACGAGCAGCUGCACGCCGACGACCGCAUGACGGUGACGUUCCAGGUUGGCGAUCGCGAGUUUGGCGGCAGCGGGAACUUGGAGCUGGAUUUUUGGAUCCAGAAGCCAGACAACGGCAUGCAGGUGCACGAGCGCGCCGUCGCGUCCGGCGACCACUCCUUCACGGCGCCCAUAGACGGGCGCUACACGUACUGCUUCAGCAACGAGCACUGGUCGGCCAACACGAAGGAGGUGUCGUUCAACGUGCACGGCAUCGUGUACGUGCCGGAGAGCGAGGCGCCGCAGGACCCGCUCGAGAAGGAAGUCCGCCAGCUCUCCGAACUCAUCGCCCAAGUCAAGGACGAGCAGGGCUACAUCGUCGUGCGCGAGCGCACGCACCGCAACACGGCCGAGAGCACCAACGCACGCGUCAAGUGGUGGAGCAUUUUCCAGCUGCUGGUGCUGGGCGGCGAGGGCGUCUUCCAGGUCUGGUGGCUCAAGCGCUUUUUCGAGGUCAAGCGCGUCGUGUAGGGUACCUAGUUUUGCACGAUUGGCGGGUGUGGUGUGUGU